UGGGAAGAAGAUACUAAGGAUAAUAGUGUAAAGUGGAAAACUUUAGAGCACAAGGGGCCUUUACUCGCUCCACCUUAUGAACGAUUACCUUCUAAUGUUCAAUUUUACUACGAUGGCCAAACUUUUCCUUUGAGUGAUAAAACAGAGGAAGCUGCGGGAUUCUAUGCCAAAAUGUUAGAUCAUGAUUACACGCAAAAGAAAAUAUUCAAUGACAAUUUUUGGACUGAUUUUAGAAAGGAAAUGACACCUGCAGAAAAAAAUCACAUUAAGGUAUUUUCCAAGUGCGAUUUUUCUAAGAUUGCAGAAUAUUAUAAAAUGAAAGCCGAAGAACGAAGGAAUAUGUCAAAGGAAGAAAAAAAUAAACUUAAGAAAGAAAACGAAGAGUUGAUGCAAGAGUACGGUUUCUGCAUUAUUGAUGGCCAUCGACAACGUGUUGGGAAUUUUAAGAUAGAACCUCCAGGAUUAUUUCGAGGAAGGGGUGAUCACCCAAAGCAAGGGAAAAUUAAGCGACGUAUAGAAGCUAAAGAUAUUAUCAUCAAUAUCGGAAAAGACGCUAAACUUCCAGCACCUCCUCCUGGCCAAAAAUGGAAAGAAGUUCGCUAUGAUAACAAAGUAACAUGGCUCGCCUCUUGGACUGAAAACAUUAAUGGUAGCAUCAAAUACAUUAUGUUAAAUCCAACCUCGAAAAUCAAAGCCGAGAAAGAUUACCAAAAAUACGAGACUGCUAGAAAGUUAAAGCGAUAUAUAGAUAAAAUUCGCCAAGAUUACAAAGCGGAUUGGAAAUCGAAGGAGAUGAGGAUCCGACAGAGAUCCGCUGCACUGUAUUUUAUAGACAGAUUAGCUCUUCGUGCUGGACAUGAAAAAGAAGAAGGCGAGUCUGCAGAUACCGUUGGUUGUUGUUCCCUGCGUUACGAACAUAUCAAACUACAUGACCAAUUGGAGGAUAAAAUGAAUGUAGUUGAAUUUGAUUUUCUUGGAAAAGAUUCUAUUCGCUAUGUAAAUCAGGUUCCUGUUGAAAAGCAGGUAUAUAAAAAUUUAAAAUUAUUCUGUAAAAAUAAGAAAAAAGGUGAUGACCUGUUUGAUAGACUGUCGACAACUUCUCUUAAUAAGUAUUUAUCAGAAUUAAUGGAAGGGCUUACAGCGAAGGUUUUUCGAACCUACAAUGCUUCCUAUACUUUGCAGGAACAACUACAUCAAGUCAUAGAUCCUAAGAUGUCGAUAGAGGAUAAGAUCUUAAUAUAUAAUAGAUCUAACAGAGCUGUUGCUAUUCUGUGCAACCAUCAGCGAACUGUUUCGAAAACAUUUGAUAAGCAAAUGUCUAACCUAAGGGAAAAAAUCGAGAAGAAAGAGCAGCAAUUAAAAGAAGCAAAAAAAGAAGAAAAGAGAGCAAAAUCCGACUUGAAAGAGAGAAAGGAUGAAAGUUCUAAGAAACUUUAUGAAAAGAGGAAAAAGAAAACUGAAAUGCUAAAUAGGCAGUUGCACAAGUUAAAUCUAACCGAAACAGAUAAGGUUGAAAAUAAGGAAGUUGCCCUUAGUACUUCAAAAUUGAAUUACAUGGAUCCUAGAAUUAGUGUGGCUUGGUGCAAAAAGAACGAAGUACCAGUGGAAAAAGUUUUUAACAAAACGCAGAGAGAGAAAUUUAAAUGGGCUAUCGAAAUGGCCAGUGAAGAUUAUGUAUUUUAA